AUGGAAGAGCUUUUAGAUUUUAAUAUUGACCUAGACAUUUUUCUUUUGGAUAAAGUAGUGGAUGCUUUUUAUGAGGGAUCUGGGGAUAUUCAAACAGAGGCAGGCAAUGUUUUAUCAAGGCUACAGGAACACCCUGAUUCUUGGCAAAGAACGGAUAAAAUAUUACAAUUUUCAACAAAUCCAAAGACUAAGUUUCUGGCUGUAUCUAUUCUAGAUAAAUUAAUAUCGACAAGAUGGAAAAUGUUGCCCAUUGAGCAAAGGCUUGGAAUUAGAAAUUUUGUUGUAGGAAUGAUUAUAUCCUUUUGUAUGGACGAUGAAACUUUUCAAAUGCAAAGAAGUCUUAUAACAAAGUGCAAUUUUACCCUUGUGUCGAUUGUUCUCCAAGAAUGGCCUCAAGAAUGGCCAGGUUUUAUAUCAGAGUUGAUCAGCAGUUCUGCAUCAUCGACUAAUGUCUGUGAAAAUAAUUUGACAAUUUUAAGAUUAUUAGCAGAAGAAAUAUUCGAGUUUUCUUCAGAAGCUAUGACACAGAAAAAGGCUGAUUUAAUGAACAGAUCUAUAUUAAAUGAAAUUGUAACAAUAUUCAAUUUUUCACUGAGUACAUUAGUAUCACCUCCAUCAAGCACAACCAUAUCCAUUGCCAUAGAUUGUUUAAUCAAAUAUAUUCCGUUCACCCCAAAUAAUUUGAUUAUAGAGAGCAAUGUCAUUGACAUUAUGAUUGACAGAUAUCUAGUACCGAAAACAUAUAGAUCUCUCACCCUAAGAUGUAUUACGGAAGCAGUUCAAUCAUUAGCUAAAGGAGAUGACUUAUUGUUAAAACAGAAGUUAGCUUCCCAAUUUGAAAAUAUCUUAAGACAAGUUACUGCCGACAUCUUUGAAAGAUCAUCAGACUUAGCUCACAUAUUCUUGGGAGGUUCUAAUGAAGAUCAAGAGUAUUUUAGAGAUUUUACGAUAUUUAUAACUUCGUUUCUUUCAGAUUAUCGACCAUAUUUAGAAAGUGAGAUACAAUUCAAUAAUUUGUUAAUUAAUGCUCACUUAAUUUUGGUUCAAUUGACUAAGAUAAAAGAAAAAACACUAUUUAAGAUCUCCUUAGAUUAUUGGAGAAGCAUGUUGUUGGUACAGUACCAAGAGGUUCAAAGUAUACCUGUUAUUCAAUUGUCCCUAAGUGCUAGUGGUGGCGCCGUUAAUCCAUCAUUUUUAAAACGAUUUCCACUAAAAUUAAACGAAUACUCUAGAUUAUACUCAGAUCUCCGGUUGACUAUUGUAGAUAGAAUGGUUAGACCUGAGGAGGUACUAAUUCUAAAAAACGAUGAGGGAGAAAUCUCGAAACAAUAUGUGCAAGAUACCGAAAAUGAGCAACUAUUUAAAAUAGAAAGAGAUGUCCUGAUUUAUCUUUCACGUUUUGAUAUUGUAGAGACUGAAACUAUUUUACUUCAAAAAUUGGAUAGUUUAUCUUCAAAUUUAAAGGUUGAUCAAAAUAAGUUAAAUCAGCUAUGCUGGGCGGUAGGUUCAAUAGCUGGGGUCAUGUCGGAGGAGUCAGAAAAGUCAUUUUUACCAAAGGUAAUGAAGUACCUUUUAAGCUUAUCAGAUGAUAAUAUGAAUCCUAAUGAAGGCAUAAUAAUAACUUCUAAUAUCAUUUAUGUAGCAGGACAAUAUCCAAAAUUUUUGAAAACACAUUGGAGUUUCUUGAAAACCGUUAUCCUAAAACUUUUUGAAGUCAUUCACGAACCUAAUGAGGCUAUCAAGGAUAUGUCCUGUGAAACAUUUUCUAGAAUUGCACUCAAGUGUAAAUCAUCAUUUCUUAUAACUCAUCCAUUCCAAUCCACUCCACUAAUAAAUGAGAUUAUUGGUGACAUUGGACAGAUCACCAGUGAUUUAAAUACAAGUCAAGUUCAAAGCUUUUAUGAGUCGUGUGGGAUAAUUAUUGGUGAUGAAAGAAAAGUAUCACAACGUAACUCACUUCUUUCAGAUUUAAUGGAGUUACCAAAUAUUGCAUGGAAGAGUUUGAUGACAACGGAUAGGAAUGCUGAUUCCCUAUUUUUGGACCCUGAAAACUUAGUAGUCAUCAACAAUAUCAUAAAAACAAACUCAGCUGUAUGUUCUGGUAUGGAAGAAGGCUUUUACAGCCAGUUUGAAAAGAUUUUGGAAGAUGUCGUACAUUUAUAUGGCUUCAGCACAAAAUUUAUAGAAAGGAUAGAAAAUACUUCAAACAAUGCAACAGAAUUUGAGGAUAAUAUUAAUAUCUUGAAACUCCUCAGAGGUAUCAAAAGGAACAUUUUGAAACUUGUUAAAUUAUUAAUGAGGAAUGUUCAUAAUCAAGAGGAAGUAUUAAAUUUCAUUAACUCUGAAUUUCUGGAUGUUGUUUUAACCGAUUUUGUUAAAAGUGAAAAUGAAGUAAAAGAAGUGGAGGUAUUAAGUUGCAUGAUAUCUCUAGUAUCUUCCACAAAUGUGACUAUUUCGGAUUAUGUAGAUAAAAUUUACGAUGCUAUAUUUUUCACAACCCUAAACAUGAUAAAAGGCGACUUAGUAGAGUACCCCGAGCAUAGAAUUGAAUUCUACAAGCUUUUGGAACAAAUCAAUAAAAAAUACUUUAAUACAUUAAUAAAAUUAAGUGACCAGAAAUUUAAGUUAUUUAUAGAUACAAUAUGUUGGGGAAUCAAACACACCAAUAGGGAUAUUGAAAUUAGAUCCCUUCAGAUUGGAUUGGAUUUAAUCCAUAAUAUUGAAAAAUUAGGCCAUAAUAGAGUAUUCUCUAUUAAUUUUUAUCGUGCACAUUAUUUAACAUUACUGUCAGAAGUAUUUUAUGCUAUGACUGAUCCAGAUCACAAAGCUGGGUUCAACAGACAGUCUUUACUUUUGAUGAAAUUGGUGUCACUUAUUGAAAAUGGUGCAUUAUCUGUUUCUGUUUUCAGAAAUGAUGAUAUGGAGCCAAGGAUUUCAAAUCAUACAUUUUUAAUAGAAUAUAUGUCCAAUUUGAUAAACAAUGCAUUUACCCAAUUAUCAAGGGAGCAAAUUAUUGUAUUUUUGUCUGCCUUAACUAAACUUUAUGAUAAUAAGAAAAGAUUUAAUGGUAUACUUCGUGAUUUCCUUGUACAAAGUAAGGAGUUUGGCGGUGAUCCAACGGACUAUUUGUUUGUAGAAGAAGAAGAUAUUUUUUCAGCAGAAGAGAAACUAAAUGAACGAGAUUAUAAUCAGCGUUUAAAAAGUUAUUAA